AUGAUGAGCGUCACGCUAAAAAACUAUGGGAGCACCUGUGUAGGAAAUGGUGAUUUGUGUUUUCAGGCAAUUUUUUAUGAAAUAAAUGGGAUAACAGGGACUUGAUCGAGAGAAAGAUGCCAAGCGAUGUCUAAUGGAGAUUGUCAGAUAUCGAUGCGUUGUGAAGAUUGCUCGAUUAAAUAUGAAGGGAGUAUAGCUUUUACAAUGGAUGAUACAAAUGCAUAUAUUAUAGUUUAGAAAUUUUAUGAAUCGUUUUUCAUAUUUAAAUUUAUUUUUAUAUGAAAAUUAAAAAUUUCAAAGGUUUAGUAUGCCAAAAAUAUUUUUAAAUGAAAAACAAAAUUUAAAAAAAAUAAUGUAUAUACAAGUGGCUACACCAUUAAUUUUACUUCAACUUCCUCAAUUCCUGGCAAAACAAGCAGUUAUCAAACUUCAGUUUUACCAUCCCAAAAUUACGUAUUUUUAGGGACAACUCCAACUACAAUUUACUUCACAAUGAUUCCUUCAUUUUAUAUUGAUAAGUCUAAUGAUGCAAAUUAUACAGGAUAUCAUGUGACUCUUGAAAAACUUCCUGAUAAAGGCUCGCAGCUUAAAUCUUAUGAGUAAAAUUUAUAUAGGCUGGGAAUGGGUUUUAGUAAUUAUUUAUCGGUCGUAUUAUCUAUUGACAAUAAUGGGCUUGUCACAACAAGAAAUUAUAAUCAAACGUUGGUAGUUUUGAUUGCAACACUUAUAGGCUCGGUAUUUGGCAUUUUAAGUGCAGUAGGAGGAGCAAUGAGACUAGUUGAGAAAAGAUGGAUCAAAUAUAAGAAAAAAUUAAAGUUAAAAUCAUACUCCAUAGGAGUUGAGAGCAUACAAAAUACAGAAAUAGGAUCUAUCAGAAGAUCAGGCUCAAGGUCGGAACCAGAUACUUGUAUGAUUUCAAGCGACGAAGAACUCAAUAAAUUCAAGCUAUUCUUGAAUAAAUAUUUCUAA